GUUGUCUCAGCGUCCCGCUGUUGCCCAAGGUCAGAGCGUCCUGGAUCAUUUCCUUUGCCAUCUGAGCGACUUUUGAUAGGUCAUGAAAGGCUUGUUUUCUGCCACCAAAAGUAAUGUCAGGUUUGCUUUCUGUCGCUGUGAUGAACACGUGGCAAAAAGCAGCUGGGGAGGAAAAGGGCUCACUUCACCUUAUAGCUCAUAGUCUGUAAUGAAGGGAAGUUGAGGCAGGAACUGAAGCAGAGACCAAAGAGGACUUCUGCCCACUGGCUUGCUUGAAGGCUUACUCAGCCUGUUUUUUUUUUUUUUUUGCACCACUGAGGACCACCAGCCAGGGGUAGCGCCACCCACAGUGGGCCAAGGCCGUCACAUCAAUCAUCGGUUAUGAAAAUGCUCCACAGACAAGCACAGGCCAGUCUGAUGGAAGGGAUCUCUCAAAGUUUCCACUUCGCAGGUGUGGUGGAACACACCUUUAAUCUGGGCUACACCUUUUGCUGGAGACAAUAUAAGGACAUUGGAAGAAGGGAGUCUAGCUCUUGCUCUUGCUCCUUUGCCUGCUUGCUGCGUGAGACUGAGUAACUGCUAGAUCCUUGGACUUCCAUUCACAGCUGCGACUGAACAAUUGUUGGGAAUUCGGCUGCCGACUGACGCAGCUCGCGAAAUCCACUUCCGAUUGGUCGUCUGUGACCUCACAUCAUCUGGGGCGGAGCUUCAGGCAGGCACUUAGAACACUGCUGGAGAGCGUGGAUCAGCCGCCUGGAUUCCGCACUCAGGGCCUGAUGGCUUCGAAAUCCCAGCACAACGCUCCCAAAGUCAAGAGUCCCAACGGCAAGGCUGGAUCUCAAGGACAAUGGGGCCGUGCCUGGGAAGUGGACUGGUUCUCCCUGGCCAGCAUCAUUUUCCUGCUGCUCUUCGCUCCAUUCAUUGUGUACUACUUCAUCAUGGCAUGUGACCAGUACAGCUGCUCCCUGACUGCCCCCGCAUUGGAUAUAGCUACAGGCCAUGCUAGUCUGGCAGACAUUUGGGCCAAGACACCACCUGUGACAGCUAAAGCUGCCCAACUGUAUGCCUUGUGGGUCAGCUUCCAGGUGCUGCUUUAUUCCUGGCUUCCUGACUUCUGCCACAGAUUUCUGCCAGGUUAUGUGGGAGGCGUCCAAGAAGGUGCCAUUACUCCAGCAGGGGUUGUAAACAAGUAUGAGGUGAAUGGGCUGCAAGCCUGGCUCAUUACCCACAUCCUCUGGUUUGUGAACGCUUACCUCUUAUCCUGGUUCUCCCCCACCAUCAUCUUUGACAACUGGAUCCCCUUGCUAUGGUGUGCCAACAUCCUGGGCUAUGCCGUGUCCACGUUCGCAAUGAUCAAGGGCUACCUGUUCCCCACCAGUGCCGAAGACUGCAAAUUCACAGGCAAUUUCUUCUACAACUAUAUGAUGGGAAUUGAGUUCAACCCCCGCAUCGGGAAGUGGUUUGACUUCAAGCUGUUCUUCAAUGGACGACCAGGGAUUGUAGCCUGGACCCUCAUUAACCUGUCCUUCGCUGCCAAGCAGCAGGAGCUUUAUGGCCAUGUGACCAACUCCAUGAUUUUGGUCAAUGUCUUGCAGGCCAUCUACGUGUUAGACUUCUUCUGGAAUGAAACCUGGUAUCUGAAGACCAUCGACAUCUGCCAUGACCACUUUGGGUGGUACCUAGGCUGGGGAGAUUGUGUGUGGCUGCCCUACCUCUACACACUGCAGGGCCUGUACUUGGUGUACCACCCUGUGCAGCUCUCCACCCCCAAUGCCUUGGGCAUCCUGCUGCUUGGCCUCGUGGGUUACUAUAUCUUCCGAAUGACCAACCAUCAGAAGGACCUGUUCCGCAGGACAGAUGGGCGCUGCCUCAUCUGGGGCAAGAAGCCCAAGGCCAUUGAGUGCUCCUACACAUCAGCUGAUGGGCUGAAGCACCACAGCAAGCUGUUGGUCUCAGGCUUCUGGGGUGUGGCCCGCCACUUCAACUAUACUGGUGACCUGAUGGGCAGCCUUGCCUACUGCCUGGCUUGUGGCGGUGGCCACCUCCUCCCCUACUUUUACAUCAUCUAUAUGACUAUCCUGCUCACCCACCGCUGCCUCCGUGAUGAACACCGCUGUGCCAACAAGUAUGGCCGUGAUUGGGAGCGCUACACAGCCGCUGUGCCCUACCGCCUGCUGCCUGGAAUCUUCUGAGGGCAGCCUUGGGAAGCAUAGAGAGGUGUCAUUGAGUGUGUGGAGUUGGAUGCAUGGGGGCUGGCAUCUGGCUCUCCCCUGCAAACUGCCUCCUCAGUUUGCUCAUCUGGAGAAUGGAGAGCCUGGUGUCCCACAGUGGCUGCUGACAGCUGGAGAGCUGAAUUCACACGGAUACCCCAGCAGAAUGGCUUGUUCUCUCUGUUCAGCAUCCUGAUAGCAGAGGCCCUUUCAUGUCUCUCUGCUUGGAGCCCACCAUCUAUUCUGUCUAGAUAACUUAGGCUUAUCAGAUGUCUCCGAUGAUUGGGCCAUCCUGGUAAACCGGAGACCAUGCAGGAUUUAAAGAGUUUGGCAAUGCCAUCACCCCCCCGCCGCACCCCCCCCCCCCCAUCCUGGUGAGCUAGGCUCCAUUUUUGUCUGUAGCAUGUGCAGUGUUAAUUGAUCAGCCAAGGGUUCAGAGGCCAUUGAAGAAGGGAGGCUUUUUUGUUUAGGUUCUUGAUUUUUUGUUUCUUUGUUUGUUUUUGUUUUUACCCCAGGAAUGGCAGACAGUGGACUGGAAUAUUCAGGGGGCACUGCCCACUGCACAGUCCCUGGCUAACUUGAUAAACAGGGUUCCCAGGACUCCCCAAGUGCCCACCUAGCAGCUCAUCCACCUGCCCUCUUCUGGAAGGUGCUUCUUGUUUACCCCUGAGACUUGGCUCGGACAACCCAGAACGUAUCACCAGUCAGUGGCCUUAGCCACACCUUCCCCAACUGGAGACCCAGUGUUGGGGAAGGAACACAUUCUCAUUAGGGACACUGCCCCCCCCCCCAAACUCAGGGUAUUCUGUAAAACUAGAUAGGCUUAUCUUAGCCUUGCAGGCAGUUCUUUGUAUUAAAUCUGCUUUGUUAAAUGA